GGGAAGAAGAAGAGACCACCGUCUUGGCCUGCGCGACACGAAACAGCCGCUGCGAUCGAGAUAGUUCAUAAUCGCCCGUGGCUCGCGGCGGAUCGAUCGAGGGAUCGCGCGCGAGUGUAAAAUACGCGCCAAAUCUCCUUUUUUUCCCGCGAUUCUCAUUUUCGCGAGCAAAAGAGGAUAAGAGAAAGAAAGAGAAAGAGAAACAGAAAGAAAUCGCGGAGGAAGUUCACUGUUUUCACUCUUCUUCUUUCUAUUUCCCGGAAAAACGAGAGAGAACGGCGGCCACCACGGCGGCCGAUUCGUCGUGAAAUCGCUCGAGGAACAUGAUCCGCGUGGACGAAUCAGACCCAGUGGGAGAGAUCGAGCCCAGUUUCCCUUAUAGAGAUGUGACGAUACGCCGAGGUGUCGAGUUCAAGGACGAUUAUGACAUCCAGUCGGAGCUCGGACGGGGAAAAUUUGGAAUUGUUUACCGAUGCAAAGAGAAAAGGAGCGGCUUGAUGCUCGCCGCGAAAGUGGUGAACGUCGUAAAGAAGGAAGACAGACGUGCUGUGCAGAGAGAAGUAGAUAUUAUGCGGCGCUUACAGCAUCCACGUUUGAUUCAGCUGUACGACUCCAUUGAGGCGGGGAAACAGAUAUAUGUCGUUCUAGAAUUGAUCGACGGCGGCGAGCUCUUUGAGAGAGUGAUAGACGACGAUUUCGUACUGACGGAACGCAGUUGCGCCGUUUUUAUGCGGCAAAUAUGCGAGGGAAUAGAAUUCAUGCAUAGUCAAAAGAUCUUGCAUCUCGAUCUAAAACCGGAAAAUAUUCUGUGCCUAACGAAGGAAGGUAAUAGAAUCAAAAUCAUCGAUUUUGGUUUGGCAAGAGAAUACGACCCAAGUAAGAAACUACAAGUGUUGUUUGGUACGCCUGAAUUUGUUGCCCCGGAAGUCGUAAACUUUGACCAAAUCGGAUUCGGUACUGACAUAUGGAGCAUAGGUGUUAUUUGUUACGUAUUAUUGUCCGGUUUAUCACCGUUCAUGGGCGAUACGGAUAUAGAGACAAUGGCGAACGUUACCAUUGCAAAGUACGACUUUGAUCACGAAGCCUUCGCCGAGAUCUCAGAGGACGCGAAAGAUUUCAUAAGAUGCCUUCUGGUGAAAGACAAAGAAAAGCGAAUGACGGCGGCGCAAUGUCGGGAGCACCGCUGGUUGGCCCGAAAAAUGAUCAAGCCCAAGAGCGAGAAGGAGACCGCGGGAUUGGCGGCGGCCAAAAGGAUGGCCUUCAUCGAGAAUCGUCCUGUCAUCGGUGUUGUCGACAGAGACGAGCUGGACGUGACCAAGGACAAUCUCAGACUGUUCGUCGAACGUUGGCGGGAACAUCCGGACAGCCCGUACACGGUCGACUCUUAUCACGCGUUGCCGAAGAAUCCGCUUCGCGAUCGCGAAGAAACCAUGUCUCUGCGGGGUCACAGUCCCUCUCCCUGCGACAGUCUUCGCAGCAGCAGCACGCAAUCGGAGAGGGUGAUGGACUCCGCCAUGAGAGAUAAUUCUAGCCACUUGUUGGCCGUGCCAAGUCUCAGCUUAUCCUUGGAAAGGAGAGCUUCCGAAGGUACGGCUGCGCGAAAUCGUCGCGAUCCCGCCAGUCAGAUCGCUUUGGCCGAGGAGAUCAUCAAACUGUCCGAACACUUGCGCUCGAUCGCCAUGGGAUCGCGGAUGAAUGAAGAAAACAAUGGAGAUGCAACGGCAGUGCAACAGUCCACCAAGAAGCCUGGCGAUGACGAAAAUAAUUACGAUAUCUCGAAGAGCAACAUUAAAAUAACCGCGUCUCAUGUCAGUAAAGAAUCUAACGAGAUCACGGAAAAAUUGUCCAGUAUCACUCGACAGCGAAAACUCAACGGGACGACCUUUCAUAGUAGUCGUAGUUUCGACAGAUACAAUUUCGAUACAAAUUUCAAUAAUGUAUUUGUGGCUUUGAGGAGGACGAGUAUCGGCGAUGCGUCUGAUAGACGAAGGGAUUCUCAAAAAUAUUCCCUCGAACGGACGGCGAUCACCAAGGCGAUGGAGGAGAAAUUCAACGGGGAAAAGAUCGGCAGAAGAAGGUCUUCCGUCGGUGCGGAGGAAAUGGACUUGACGCCGCCUUGGCGGCGGCCGCGAGUGAAACGAUCCUUUGGCGAAACUAGCAGGGAUGUUCCACGGAUAUCGAAUUUGCGGGAUCUACACAAGAAUCUGAAUCUGGACGAGCCUGGCAGCGCCAAGGACCUGCUAUUGCAUCUGUUAGGCGAAUGGGAGGAGGUCACCACGACAUCCUGCAGCGGUAACGGUGGCAGCGGCGGCAUCGGUAGAAAGUCUAUGUGCCUGGAUUGGUGUGCUGCCGAUACGAUCGCCAGGAAGACGAUGAAUUCAUUGGCAGAGUAUUUCCAGUCGAAGCAACAGGAAGCGAAACCUUCCGACGUCGCGUCAUCCACGUCGCCGACGAUAUAUCGUUGAACGAUACGUUCAUCCUGUUAGAGGUUGCGCAUUUGCGAAUUUCGCGGAUUGGUCGCAGACGGAUCAGGAAAAUGCGCGAUGUUAACAAUCUUUCUUCUUUCCGCAAAUAUUUGGAACGAUUUGCUUAAGAUGAAAUUUAUGCGUCAAACGCUUAGGGCAAUAAUAUACUUGAUGAAUCGUAAAAAUUAAUCUAUGAAAAUGUAAAUUUCUUUAAUCUUUAAAGUUGAAAAUUGAU